CUGGUUUGGACGCUGCUGUGUGAUUUCGGAAGGCGUGUCCAAUUACUGCAAAGAACCUCGUGUUUCAGAGUGCAGAGAAUAAUAAGAACGUUAAACAUAUUAACGUAUUAAAAACUACUCAGUAAAUUGAUCCCGCUCAGAAUUUUCUUAGUAAGAAACUACAUACAGUUGUCUAGACAGUUAAUUGACAAAUAGGAGACGUCACUAAUGUCUUCCACUGCUUUACUACAUUGCAUGUUAAGUUCGCCCAGUGAAGCACGAGACCUUUUGGAACAAUCCCGAGAUCCCGAGUUUGAGAAGAGUAAUGGAGCUCGUCGUCGUCACUCAUGUCUUGGAUGCCAUCACAUUUUGGGCUCAGAAUGUGACUGAGGACAAGGUCUUUGAGAAGCUGGAUAUGGCCCUCUCAGAAACAUGCCCUACUGCACAGAGUGUGAAGGGGCAGCCAAGUCCCCACAAGGUUUAUGGUGCCUGCUACUCAGGAGACAGAUGCUGGUACAGAUGCAAAGUGCAGAAACAGAUAGACGACACAUUUCAUGUUGCAUAUAUUGAUUAUGGGAACGAGGAGGUGGUAGGGAGAUUGGAUCUGGUUGAACUCCCAGAGGACUUGCAGUCAGCUGCACUUGCCAAAAGAUACAAGUUCUGGGGCUUUCACUUGGCAAGUGAGCAGGAUUCACCACAUUACUCCCAGGGAAAGUCCUUUCUUCAAAAUCUGAUCUAUGGAAAGAAGUUGCGCAUUAAUAUUAAGGCAGAGUGCUUUGAUGGAACCAUCCUGGUUAAGGCAUUUCAGGGCAAUCUGGAUAUUGGUGAAGAGGUUUUAAAGUUCAAAUUCGCCACAGUGAAUUUUCCAGGCAACAGAGAGAGUCCAUCUCCCACAAAGGCUCUCCAGAAGCAGACUGGAGUUUGGCCUUCCAGGAGAUCUCAGGGAGACCAUGAUAGUACGGGCACUUUAGGAUAUAUGCCCAAGUUACGCCCUGUUUUCUCCAACCAAACGCCUCAAGCCUUAAAAGAGCCAAGCACCAGUAAAUCUGUAAUGGCUGCCAAUGUGCUAGAAGCAGAGAGGGAGCUGGUAAAAGAGAAUACAGAGAUCAUCCAGCAGCUGUGUGGUCAGGUCAAUGAGCAAAUGUUGACUGAAGCCAAAUCAGAGCUGCAGUGCUCAAGAGAAGAGGUGAAAGAGAAAAUAAAGGAGAUCAAGAAAAUUGAGAAGGAGAAGAAUGAUCUCCAGAAUCAUGCAGAUCAUCUCCAACAGCAGCUGAAGGAAGCUAGAUUGGAGCUGCAGAAAGUGAGUGAGGUGUGUCCAAGAAAAGACGAGAGUGUGGAAGUCAACAUGGUAUCAACAGUAUGUGAAAGGUUCUCUCGCCUGGCUGAGAAAGUGGAAGCGGUGAGAAGCAACAGGGAAAGAAAUGAGUGCCCUACUGCAGAGCAAUGUCUUUCUGAAUCCAUACCAGUGGUGGUCAACAACAGAAUUGUCAUGCCACUUCCAUCAGAAACACUUGAGAUGGCAUGGGAAGACUACAGACAGUCCUUAAAGCAGCUUAAAGAGUGUCAAAGUAAGGCAGAGUUGGAGGACCUGGUGAACAGCAGGAAUCAGGCUCGAAGUGUUCUCCUAGCUGCCAUAGAUGACUUCCUUCUGGUGGUGGGCAGUCUGCCAAUUAGUGAUCGUUUGAACACCCUAAAGGAUGUCAGCUCCUCACUGAUGGCUGCGUUUGGUUCGGUCUCAGAAGAUGAUGUUCAGGAUCAGUCUUUAGAGCAAUUCUGUGAGUGGAAAAGUCAAAAGCAUCGUAACUUCAGAAAUGUGCGUCAUGCGACAGAUAAAGCCCUGUGCGCUCUCAGUGACUGGGCAGCCAACACCAGCAAGUUUUUCUGCAUGACUGAGAAGAGUGCCGUGACCCUGGAAGCUGUUGGUGCAGGAGUGGAUGAGCUUCUGGAGCAGGCGGAGUCUGAUGUGUGUGAGGAGCUGAGCACUAAAUUCUUUGAGCAAAAUGUUGAGGACAUGAAAAUAAUGUCUACUGCAUGCGGUAUAGUGAUGCAGCGUAUCAAAAAAGAGGAGUAUCUACUUUGUGGCCUCAGAAAGAUGUAUGAAGAUAACAAAAAGUUUAAGGAGGACAUGGUGCAUUGGCAAAAAAGGUCACCUAAAGCAGAUGAGCUCUUACAAAUAAAGAAACACAUCAAGAGCCUGCGUUCACAGUUGCGUUGGAAACUGGUAGAGGUGGGCUGCAUGGAAGAGGCUGAUGAGCUGGAUCUGCCUGAGAUUCUUAGGAAAAAGGAAGAGAUUGCUGAGACAAGAAAUGCUCUCUUUCAGGAAAUUAUGCAUGAGAAAGAGCAAUAUGUUAAACUCUGUGGGCUGGUAAAAGGAGACUUUCCUGAGCUUCUGCAGCUGUACCCUGAGGCAGACAUUGACAGUUACCUGCUCUCUGAGGGGCUGUUAAUGAAGAGUUUGGAUCGAGAUUUAUUUGAUGCUGAGCCAAUGAAAGAGCUGAGUGGGCGCAGACCGCUAGUGUGUACUGAGUUCCAGUGCCAAAAGGUGGUACUCAAGAGCUACUCUGUAGAUGAAGAGUCAGAAGUGAGGAUGAUUAAGCAGGCUGCCCAAUAUCACAAAGUUCAGAAUCAGCAUCCCUCCACUGCCAUGCCUCUGCUGGGCCUGUUCUUCAGCAAGUCGGAUCCUCUGGCCUACAUCAUGGUGCCUUACUACUCAAAUGGGAGUCUUAAGGCUUUGCAGAAACUCAGCCCACUGACACCCUCUGAGAUUGGGAGGGUGAUGAGAGGAGUACUUCUUGGCCUACAGAGUCUGCAUGAAUCCUGCAUUACACAUGCCUCUCUGAAUGCCAACAACCUGUUUGCUGUCAACCGAGAACAAGGCAUCGUAGGGGAUUUUGAUUUCACAAAGACACCAGAGCAGAGGGCUGUAGACUGUGGCAUGGUGGCUGGCUCUAUCAGUCUGGUGGCUCCAGAGCUAAGACAGAGUCAGCUACCCUCUCCAGCCACUGACAUGUACGCUGUCGGGGGCGUCAUGCUCUGGCUUCAUGUGCCUGACUGCACUGGAGACAAUGAGCAACAAGUCCCAAGGUUGUCUGGAUUACAGCUGGAUGUCAAAGUCCAAACUCUCCUCUCAAAGCUACUGGUCUGUUCUCGAAGACUGUCAGCUGUCGAAGCACUGUGUGAUGAUUACUUUCUCUCACUUGAAAACUGAAAAAAAAAAAAUCAUAAAAUUGUUCAUUUUUGUUGUUUUUAUUGUUAGUUGUUUUUUUUUUGUUAAAAAAUUGAAAGAAAUAAGAUCCUUUUGAAGUUUUGUUUAAACAAAUAUAAAUCAAAAAAUAUAUACCUAAGAAUGUUGAGUGUUACAUUUGAGUAAGUUGAUGUAGAUUAAAGAAACAAAGUAAAAUCGAUCACAAUGGGAAAUGUACCAAAGUUGUUGUGGGGGUUUUUUUGUUUUGUUUUUUUAUUUUACACAAGGUUUCACACUGUUCACUGGUUGUCCUUGGACUACUUUCAGUAGGUGCUAACCACUGCAUACCGGGGACACCCCACAAGACCGGCCGGUUUUAGAUAUGCCCUGGCCCAGUCGUUCAGCCAUCACAAGCUAGCACUCAUCAAAGUUGCUCAGAUCCUUAUACUUGCCCAUUUUUCCUGCUUCUAAUUCACUUCACCAUCCAGUGGUUUUAAGGUUGUGGCUGAUUGACGUGUAUGUGUAUAUAUGUGUACAGUGCAUUCCACUAAUAUUGGCACCUUUCGUAAAUAUGAGACAAGAAGACUGUGAAAAAUUCUUUAUUGUUUAAUCUUUUGUACAAAAAAUUCACAAAAAUAUUCUGUUCUUAUGGAUAUCAAACAAUUGCAAACAAAACACAGGUUUAUCAAAAAAAAAAAUUUAUUGGCAUCCUUUUAGUCAAUACUUUUUGCUACCUCCAUUUGCCAAGAUAACAGCUCUGACUCUUCUCCUAUAAUGCCUGAUGAGGUUGGAGUAUACAUGGCAGGGGAUCUGAGACCAUUCCUCCAUACAAAAUCUCUCCAGAUCCUUUAAAUUUCGAGGUCCAUGCUGGUGGACUCUCCUCUUCAGUUCACCCCACAUGUUAUCUAUGGGUUUCAAGUCAGGGGACUGGGGUGGAUUUGGCAGGACCUUGAUUUUGUGGUCAGUAAAACAUUUCUCUGUUGAAUUUGAUGUAUGUUUUGGAUCAUUGUCCUACUGGAAGAUCCAACCACACCCCAUUUUAAGCUUUCCAGCAGGUUUUCAUUUAAUAUCUGUUGAUAUUUGAUAGAGUCCAUGAUUCCAUGUAUCCUACCAAAAUGUCCAGGUCCUCUGGCAGAAAAACAGUCCCAAACAUUAGAGUCACCACCAUAUUUAACAGUGGGCGUGAGGUGUGUUUCCAUAUGGCUACUUCUCUGUGUGUGCCACUGAAGGCGCUUGUGUUUGUUUUUGGAUGAGAGUAGAGGCUUUUUUUUCUUGAAACCCUUCCAAACAAUUUGUGGUGAUGCAAGUGACUUCAGAUUGUAGUUUUGGAGACUUUCUGACCCCAAGGCGCAAUUAACUUCUGCAAUUCCCCAGCUGUGAUCCUUGGAGAUUUUUUGGCCACUUGAACCUUCUUCACAGGGCGUUGAGACAAUAUAGACAUGCCAAUUCCAGGUUGAUUCAUAACAUUUCCAGUUGUCUGUAACUUCUUAAUUAUUGCCCUGAUGGUGGAAAUGGGCAUUUUCAAUGCUUGUACUAUUUUCUUAUAGCCUCUUACCAUUUUGUGAAGCUCAACAUCCUUUUGCCACACAUCACAGCUAUAUUCCUUGGUCUUACCCAUUGCUAUGAUUGACUAAGGGAAUUUGGCCUGUGUGGUACCUCAUAUUUACCCCCCUUUGAAACAGGAAGUCAUGGUUGAAUAAUUUCCUGCUCCUAGUGUACUUUAAAAAAAAAAAAAAAAAAAAA